GUGUAGUCCAAUAGCAACUGGAGCUAGAGAGAGGGAGAAAGUGAGAGAGAGAGAGAGAGAGAGAGGGGGGCGCGACUGAACAACCCUGGUCAAUCUAUCCUUAAUCUCUCGUCAUUGCUGUCCGAUCUCUCCGCGCUUUCUCUCUAUUACGGCAAUUAGAUUCUGCACAAUUGACCGUGCUACUACAAUGACUCACUGAAAUUACCGUAUAGGCUAUGUGUGUCAUUAACAAACGGAAAGCUACAUUUUUCUUUUCUGCAUAGAACCUGAAGCGGAGUUUGACUGUUUUUAUCUGGACCGCACUAUCACGUUGGGAUUUUCAGAGGAGCGCACACUGUUGAGAUUUAUUUUUUUCCUGUGUGGUGGUGUAUAUUUUAUUAUCACAUCCCUUGAAGUCAGGACUACGAGCUAAAUUCAUACAGUGGGAAUAACGCAAAGGGUAACCAACCAAGCUGGAAUUGGGUCGACGAGCAAAGGCAUCUGGAGACACAUACAGGCACUGCUCCCGACCAACAAUCUAUAAGUAGACCCACUCUCUUAGGAUGGGGGGCACCGAGUUGCACAAAGCUGCUCUGAUUGGCUGGAGCUCUGUCUGUCAGUUGUCAAUCACAGCCUGAGGAGCAGGUUAUUGGUCUGGGAGCUGUGGGGGGGUGGGAGAGGAGUUCCAGAAUUUCCAGGACCACAAUCUGCUUGGCUGACCGCAGCAGGAGCAUGUUGAGAGGAAGCAGGCCAGUGGGAAGCAGUACCUCUCCAUGGAGCUCUGGAGGAGCCAAUAUGGCCCAUGGAAUGGGGAUGGUCUACCUAUCUAAGGUCUAUCUUCUCUUAUGGAUUGGCUUCCUGUUAGAGUCUGUGUGUAUGCCGGUCGUGGCUCAGACCCCAGUCCACCCUGUUGUCACCACGAAUUACGGGAAGCUGCGGGGGUUAAAGACGACGCUGCCCAAUGAGAUCCUAGGGCCCGUGGAGCAGUACUUGGGGAUCCCGUACGCUUUGGCCCCUACAGGGGAGAGACGCUUCCAGCCCCCCGAGCCUCCCAUGUCCUGGCCUGGGAUCAGGAAUGCUACCCAGUUCGCCCCUGUGUGUCCACAGUACCUGGAGGAAAAGUUACUCAACGACAUGCUGCCGGUGUGGUUCACAGCCAACUUGGAUACAGUGGUAACCUAUAUGCAGGAUCAGAACGAGGACUGCCUGUAUUUAAACAUAUACGUGCCAACUGAGGAUGUAGGAGCCAACUCAAACAGUCAAGGCGGUGAUUUCACCAAUAAUGAUGGUGACGAAGACAAAGACAUCCAUGAUGAGAACGGGCUGAAGCCGGUCAUGGUGUACAUCCAUGGUGGAUCCUACAUGGAGGGAACGGGGAACAUGAUCGAUGGGAGUAUCCUGGCGAGCUACGGAAACGUCAUCGUAAUCACCAUAAACUACAGGCUCGGGGUGUUAGGCUUCCUAAGCACAGGGGACCAGGCAGCCAAGGGGAACUAUGGACUGCUGGACCAGAUCCAAGCCCUGAGGUGGAUCAAAGAGAACAUUCAGGCCUUCAAAGGAGAUCCAAAGAGAGUGACAAUCUUCGGCUCUGGUGCAGGGGCAUCGUGUGUUAGCUUGCUCACGCUCUCUCACUACUCAGAAGAUCUCUUCCAGAAAGCCAUCAUCCAGAGUGGUACAGCUCUGUCCAGCUGGGCAGUUAACUACCAGCCUGCCAAGUACACACGAAUGCUGGCUGAGAAGGUGGGCUGCAACAUGCUGGACACCAUCGACCUGGUGGAGUGUCUCCAGAGCAAGAACUACAAGGAGCUGAUCGAACAGAACAUCUUACCCGCAAAGUACCACAUCGCCUUCGGCCCCGUCAUCGACGGCGAUGUCAUCCCGGACGACCCCCAGAUCCUCAUGGAGCAGGGCGAGUUCCUCAACUACGACAUCAUGCUGGGGGUCAACCAAGGCGAAGGGUUCAAGUUUGUGGAGGGCAGCGUGGACAGCGAGGACGGCGUCUCGGCCAACGACUUCGACUUUGCCGUGUCGGACUUUGUGGAUCACCUCUACGGCUACCCGGAGGGCAAGGACACACUAAGGGAGACCAUUAAGUUCAUGUACACUGACUGGGCCGACAAGGAGAACCCCGAGACAAGGAGGAAGACGUUAGUCGCACUCUUCACCGACCACCAGUGGGUGGCGCCGGCCGUAGCCACAGCGGACCUCCAUGCCCAGUAUGGUUCGCCGACGUAUUUUUACGCCUUCUACCACCACUGCCAGAGUGACAUGAAGCCUAGCUGGGCUGACUCGGCACAUGGAGACGAGGUUCCCUAUGUGUUCGGGAUCCCCAUGAUCGGACCCACGGACCUGUUCAACUGCAACUUUUCCAAGAACGACGUCAUGCUCAGCGCGGUUGUUAUGACUUACUGGACUAAUUUCGCCAAGACAGGAGAUCCAAACCAGCCCGUUCCUCAGGACACCAAGUUCAUCCAUACAAAACCCAACCGCUUUGAAGAGGUUGCCUGGUCGAAGUACAACCCCAAGGACCAGCUCUACCUGCACAUCGGCCUGAAACCCAGGGUCAGGGACCACUACCGGGCCACUAAGGUAGCCUUCUGGCUGGAACUAGUUCCACACCUCCACAACAUAAAUGAGUUGUUCCAAUAUGUAUCCACAACGACCAAGAUACCGCCGCAGGACACCACCCCGUUUCCUUACACCAAGCGUUUCCCGGGGAAUCGGCCUUCUACCACCCGUCACCCUGGGGUUCCCUCCGCUAACACCAAGCAGACCACCGACCAGCGGAAAGGUGAGGACCUCACCGACGAAUCAGCCGUGGUUAUCGAGACUAAACGGGACUAUUCCACGGAGCUGAGCGUCACCAUCGCCGUGGGAGCCUCGCUGCUCUUCCUCAACAUCCUGGCGUUCGCCGCGCUCUAUUACAAGAAGGACAAGCGGCGGCACGAGUCAAACCGGCGCGGGCCAAGCCCACAGCGUAUCUCCGCCGGGCCUGCCAACGCGGCGGCCAACACCAAUGACAUCGCCCACCUGCAGAGCGAGGAGCUGAUGUCCCUGCAGAUGAAGCAGCAGCAGCAGAUGGAUCACGAGCACCACCACGAGUGUGAGUCGCUCCAGGCCCACGACACGCUGCGUCUCACCUGCCCGCCCGACUACACCCUCACGCUGCGUAGGUCGCCAGACGACAUCCCCCUCAUGACGCCCAGCACCAUAACCAUGAUCCCCAACUCGCUGGCUGCCAUGCAGCCGCUUCACAACUUCAACACGUUUGGCGGCAGUCAGAACAGUACCAACCUGCCCCAUGGACACUCCACCACCAGGGUAUAGCUCUUUGUGGAGAAGUCAAACGUCCAUGUUGCCUGGCCUAUGUUGGACAAACACUAAGGAAAGAGAGCAGAGUGACUGACUGUGUUUCACACAGAACUCGUCUCCGUGGACGAGAUGUUAUUUUGCUACCAUGCCUUCUUGAACAGUAUAUAUCAAAGUCAAAUAUGAACUUCUAAUGACGUGUUUGAAAAGUGACUGUUACCAUAGUAACGCCGUUUUCGGAGUGAAGCUUCUCGAAUGAAUCGAAGAGAGUUUUACCAAAAGAGCAACACCUGAAGACAAGUGGAAUAAUCUGCUGUAGAAUGCUUGAAUAGACAAUACGAAACAUGAAGGGUUACAGUGAUGAUAAGGAGUUCUCCAAAAGCUUUUUGUGCCAUCAAGUACAUCAUAGGACAACAACACACAACUGUACAGUGAAUUGCCACUCUACUGCAUUGGUAAAGUGUGACAGACUAGUCAUGGGCACUGAAUUUAAAACUCCCCCCAGCCUAACAUGUAUUUAUGAAAACUUUGUAAAAAAAAAAAACAGUAUAUAGUUGUGAGUAAAAAUAAACAAAAAAAAAUAGACAUUUAAAGAGCUUCUAUUGUUGUUUGAGUUUAACUAUGGCUUUUCCAAGCGUGUUCUUUCUGUUGAGGUGCAUGUAAAUAAACAGUAUCAGUCAUUAUCCAUUGUUUUUGUAUUCAAAUCUGUGUUUCAUUGUUUUCACAGCCAGCAGAUAAAAAAGUGCAAACACUAUCCAUUUUGGGAGCAUACUGUGCAUCGUCUAGACAACCAUGACAUUGUCCUGUGUGUCCUUGGUAUCCAUUUCUGACACAACGCAUGUCCGGGAACUGCUUUAUAAUCUACAUUUUCAGACAGCAUUCUGAUUCUGUCUCAAAAUGAGGUUCGAUAGCGUGAGUCCAUGUUUUGUCACCCGAAUUCGACUUGUUCUGCUUUUAAUCAUUUUGUUUGUAGGCUAUUUAUGUCUAGAGGCAAUCUCACCACUGUCUGAGCUUCAAAUGUGACCAGCAAUGUAUUACUUAGAAAAAAGGCAGUGGAUUUUGUUAUCAAUAUUAGUUGGAUAUGUUUGUAAAGAAGUAUAUGUUAGAUAUUUCAAAUUGUCAUAUGCUAGCAAUAUGUAAAGUAUUGUGCCAGGCUUUUGAUAUGUUGGGUUACUACAACACAAGUGAAUGAGUGUAAAUAAUAAUACAUGCUAUUAUUAAUAAUAACAAUUAUAUGAACAAUAAAAAGUCAACAUUAACCCAGAUUAUUUCCGUUCCGCAUCCUAUUACAGAAAAAAACGAAAGCAAGUCCAUAUAAAAAGGUUUAUAAUAAUGCUACAUUUGUAAAUUCAAUGAAAGAUAUAUCCUUACCAUUGGUCCAUCAACUGUCAAGAUACCAAGGGUUUUGAUGUAGGAUUUGAAAUGAUUUAGUUUGUCUGAUAUUGUUUGCAGUUUUGCCUUCAGUGAUAGAUGAUAUUUCUGGCUGGACACCUGUAUAAAGAUUUUCUGCAGCAUUUUUAAUAAAAUAUCACAGUAUUUUCUAAAGAAAA